GUCAUAAGAAAAUGUAAAUAAACAUUUUCACAUUGAAGUUAGUAAAAAUUGUUUGGAAAAAACACAAUCAUGGAAUUACUAAAAGAAUUAGUGGGUUUUAUGGCACCAAAUCAACGAAUCGAUCUAAAAGUCGUUGCAUUAACUGAAGUCUUGGGUCUAACUGGGACUCCGGAAGGUAAAGCAACACUUCUUGGCUUUGAUGAAAUGUUAGCAGCAAUCUUUGGACUUACUUUCGAUUCAACAGCAACAAUCUCCAAAGAUGCUGUUCUUACUUUAAUUAAUCUAACUGCAGAAGAAGAAGGCGCCAUAAAAGUGUUGGAGACAAGUAAAAACCUUCAUCCAAAAUUUGAAAUUAUCCAAGAAGCUGUAAAACACAUAACAGAUCAGAAUUCAGAACUAUCUGACCCAUGGACAAUGGUUCUUAGCAAUUUGACAAGGGUGGAACGUUUAGUUGGACAGAUUUUGGACGAAUUGGAAAAGGAUGAGAAGACAAUGCUUAAUUUAGCGAAGGCAUUUUCCAAUGUGGACUACAACAAAAAGAAAGCAAAAUUAAACUAUUUGGCUCCGAUUUUCUGCAAUCUUACUCAAAUAAGCCGAGGACGAGAAAUAGUCUGCAAUUCCAAAUACAAUCUCCUAGACAAAAUAAUUCCCUUUGCCUCAUACGAUGGUAGCAUUGUUCGACGUGGUGGAACCCUUGGAAUUCUUAAAAACAUAUGCUUUGAUCCAGUCUAUCAUCAUGUGAUACUAAACGAUAAAGAUGACAUUCUUUAUUGUCUCCUAUAUCCGUUGGCUGGUCCAGAGGAAUUUGAUGAAGAAGAAAAUGAAAAAUUCCCAAUGGAAUUACAGUUCUUAGGAGAAGAUAAAACCCGUGAAGAAGAUCCAGAUUUAAGAAAAAUGAUUCUCGAAUCAUUGUUGCAAUUAUGUGCCACGAAAAAAUACCGUGAAUUACUAAGAGCCAAAGGUACCUAUGAAAUCUUACGUGAAUACCAUAAAUGGGAAGCGAAAAUUGGUAAAGAUAAUGAAGCAUUGCUGGCUUGUGAAAAUGUUGUUGAUAUUCUAAUAAGGAAAGAAGAAGAAAUUGGUUUGGAUAAUCUUAAAGAAAUUGAGGUACCAGAAGAUAUUGGCAAAAAAUUCAUUGAGGAUGAUGAAGCUUACCUUAAGAAUUAGAUAAAGUUAUGCUACAAAUUUACAAAUGUAAUUUGUUUUUUAUAUUAUUAAAAUUUUAUAAAUUUUAAA